AUAAAUAAAGCUUAUUAUUAUUAUUAUUAUUAUUAUUAUUAUUAUUAUUAUUAUUAUUGAAAGGGAAAAAACAACAACGCAUUUGACACCGGUCGUGGGCGACGAAAAGACCCUCCGCAGAAAAGUGAGUUGAGGAGUUCCAGAGAUAAGCGCGCAGCCUGGCGCUUUCGCUGCUCUUUCUUCGCUACUCUUUCGCGCUCGUUCGGCUGGCUGGGAGAAGAGGGCAGCAGCUCCAGAGCGAUGGCUGACUCUGCUGUAGACGCCCCCAUCCCGGAGCCUGUGCUGGAGGAGGAUGGGCUCCUCAGCACCCUGGACCUGGUCCUGUUCUCUAUCAUCGCUGCCGCCCUCAUCUACUGGCUCACCUUCCGCAAGAAGCCUGAGGAGAUCCCAGAAUUCAAGAAACUCACCACACCAGUCCAAACCACCCAAGAAAAGAGCUUCAUCGAAAAGAUGAAGAAAACUUCUGGUUCUCUGCAGGGCAGGAACAUUGUGGUGUUCUACGGCUCUCAGACGGGCACUGCUGAGGAGUUCUCUAACCGCCUGGCCAAAGAUGCUCAGCGCUAUGGCAUGAAGGGGAUGGCUGCAGAUCCAGAGGAGUACCACAUGUCGGAGCUCUCCCGCCUGACAGAGAUCGAUAACUCCAUCGCCAUCUUCUGCAUGGCCACGUAUGGCGAGGGAGACCCCACGGACAACGCCCAGGACUUCCACGAGUGGCUACAGGAGGGCGACGCCGAUCUGGAGGGCGUCAAUUUCACCGUGUUUGCCUUGGGGAAUAAAACGUACGAGCACUUCAACGCCAUGGGGAAGUAUGUGGAUAAACGAUUGGAGGAGCUCGGGGCCAAGAGGAUCUUUGACUUGGGGAUGGGAGACGACGACGCCAACUUAGAGGAAGACUUUGUGUCCUGGAGGGAGCAGUUCUGGCCCGCUGUGUGUGAGCACUUCGGCGUGGAGGCGACAGGAGAAGAGUCCAGCAUCCGGCAGUACAGACUGGAGGUGCACUCCGACAUCAACAUGAACAAGGUUUACACCGGAGAGGUCAGCCGCCUGAAGAGCUAUGACACACAGAGAGCGCCCUUCGAUACAAAAAACCCCUUCCUGGCUCCGGUCACGGUCAACCGCCAACUGCAGAAGGGCGGCAGCCGCCAUCUCAUGCACCUGGAGCUGGACAUCACCGGCUCAAAGAUCAGGUACGAGGCGGGAGACCAUGUUGCUGUGUACCCGACCAACGACACUGCGCUCAUCAGUCAGAUAGGCCACCUCCUGCAGGAGGACCUGGAUGCCGUGAUCUCGCUGCACAACCUCGACGAGGAGUCCAAUAAGAAGCACCCGUUCCCUUGCCCCACCACCUAUCGCACGGCCCUGGAGCACUACCUGGACAUCACCAGCCCCCCCCGCACCAACGUGCUGUAUGAGCUGGCCCAGUACGCCUCCAACCCCAAAGAGCAGGAGCACAUGCGCAAAAUGGCCUCCUCUUCCCCGGAGGGAAAGGGUCUGUACCACAGCUGGGUUUUGGAGCCUCGCCGGAACAUUCUGGCCAUCCUGCAGGACCUGCCAUCUCUGCGCCCGCCCAUCGACCACCUGUGUGAGCUCCUGCCCCGCCUACAGUCCCGCUACUACUCCAUCGCCUCCUCCGCGAAGGUGCACCCUGACAGCAUUCACCUGUGUGCCGUGGUAGUGGAGUACCAGACCAGCACCAACCGGUUAAACCAGGGUGUGGCUACUACCUGGCUGAGGAACCGGCUGCCCACGGAGAACGGGCACAAGACCACGGUGCCCAUCUACAUCAGGAAGUCCCAGUUCCGCCUGCCCUUCAAGGCCAGCAGUCCUGUCAUCAUGAUCGGACCUGGGACUGGCAUCGCCCCCUUCAGGGGCUUCAUCCAGGAGCUGGCCUGGCUCAGGGAGCAAGGUCGGGAUGUGGGCGAGAGCAUUCUGUACUAUGGCUGUCGGCAUAGAAAUGAGGACUUCCUGUACCAGGAGGAACUGGAGGAGUUUCAGACGGCUGGGGUGCUCACACAGGUCAGCGUGGCCUUCUCCAGAGACCAGGAGGAGAAGGUGUAUGUGCAGCACCUGCUGAAGAAGGACCAGGAGCACCUUUGGAAGCUGAUCAACACGGAGAACGCACACAUCUACGUCUGUGGGGAUGCCAGGAACAUGGCGCGGGACGUGCAGAACACCUUCUACGACAUGGUGGAGCAGACGGGCGGAUUGGCUCGGCCCCAGGCCGUGGAGUAUGUGAAGAAGCUGAUGACCAAGGGACGCUACUCACAAGAUGUCUGGAGCUAAAUCACACCCUCAGACUGACCAACUCUCACAAUCUGUGCACAAUCUGUUCUGGAUUUGAGUGGACGGGUUUAUCGCUGCUGGUGUGAUAGCCUCAGGGAUGAACUGACUGUUGAGCGUAAUAUCUGGGUUAAGUUGGUCAGAGACCUAAGAUUGGAUGCUGUUAGUGCUUUUGCCUGACCUACAUAAUGACCGUCAACUGAUUUAAGAACACUUUCUGCUGUACCCAAACCACAACAAUACAAUAUCCUCCAUUCUAUUUUUUAGAGCUCAUACAAAAACUGCUGUAUUGAUGGAAAAUGAUUGUACAUAUUUGUUCUUGAGAAUGUGCCAAAUAUCUGCAGAGCAUAAAGCACUGGUCAUUCACCGCAGUGGGAGGGUGGUGUGACUGCACUGUGUGCUGGUGCAGGGUCAUCUGAAGGGACAGGUGUGACUGCAGUACAGUGAGCAGAUGCAUGCUGGGAAGAUUUAUAAUGUUAGUCAACAUAAGAUAAUGUUAUAGUGUUAUUUGUGGAGCACUUAAUCUAUUCCUACAGACCAUUCUGUUAACUGUCAAAUAAAAACCAACCUGAAUGAAUGGCCUGGAUUGCCCCAUGCACACAUUCUUCUUCUUCUUCUUCUUCUUCUUCUUCUUCUUCUUCUUCUUCUUCUUCUUCUUCUUAUUAUUAUUAUUAAAAAUAACAUAAAUUCUUUAUUACUAUUAUUAGUAUCGUCAUUAAUAUCGCCUUCUGACAAUAAAAAAAACAUGGAAUAAAA